CUAAAGCUGUUAUAAAUACCAGACCUGAAGUAAAACUACUGGAUGCCUGUUUCGAUAAGCUCUUCAUUUUCUCCCAAGUACUUGCUGUCUUCACUGCUGCAAUGUAUAUUUUGGCCAGUUUUUUUAAUUAUUUCUACGUCAUCAGGAUGUAUUUGUAACGAGACACUGUGAUCUUAAAAAUGGAAUGAUGAUCUCAUCUCCUCAUUUGCCCCACUGUGGAUUGCUUAUCUAAAAGAAGCCUGCAGCCUAUCAUUUUCUGAAGGGCUUUAGCGAAAUCGUAGCCAUGAGUUCAGAGGAAAAGAGUAUGUCACCAGCUCAUAAAACAUCAACUCCAUCACAUAGGAGUGCUUUAGCCGCAUCAUCUACCCUGAGAGACAGCAGACAGGAAGGUGACAACUGGGAAAUUAUAGAAGGACUGAAAAUUGGCCAAACCAAUGUUCAGAAGCCAGACAAGCAUGAAGGAUUCAUGCUGAAGAAGAGAAAAUGGCCCCUGAAAGGCUGGCACAAGCGCUUUUUUGUACUAGACAAUGGAAUUUUGAAGUACUCAAAGACACCCAUUGAGAUUCAGAAAAGUAAACUACAUGGCAGCAUAGAUGUUGGUUUGUCGGUGAUGUCAAUAAAGAAAAAAGCUAGAAGAAUAGACCUUGACACAGAGGAGCACAUCUAUCAUCUUAAGGUGAAAUCCCAAGACAUGUUUGAUGGCUGGGUAACAAAGCUACGACAUCAUCGUUUGUACCGUCAGAAUGAAAUCGUUAGGUCUCCACGAGAUGCCAGCUUUCAUAUGUUCCCCUCAAGCCCCACCACAGAGUCUUCUCCAGCAGCAGCUCAUGUUGGUCCUCUGGAUGGAAAGACACAGCAGAACAACUUUUUGUGGCAGUCACCCUUGCCAUCAAGCAGCAGUCUUACAGCAGAAUACAACAAUGGUCAAAGCAAAGUAGCAGCUUGGUUAGAAGAAUCAGAAGAGAUGGACAAAUGUUCUGAAGAUCUCACUCAUUGCCAAUCCAGUCUCAUGGAACUUAGUAAGCUCUUGCAGAGUCUGGAAAUGCUUCAGAGGACGCAGUCUGCCCCCAACUUCACAGACAUGCAGACCAACUGUGUAGACAUUUCCAAGAAAGACAAACGAGCCAGCAGACGAUGGAGAACAAAGAGUGUCAGCAAAGAUUCAAAAGUACAGCUUCAGGUCCCACUUAGUGCAUCAAUGACCCCCGUCCGUUUACAUGCCUCCAAUCCCAACCUCUGUGCUGACAUGGUUGAAUUUCAAACUACACCGAGUCAACUUUCAGAUACAAUUGAAUGUGUUGCAAAUUACACUAAGCUUCAAGAAGAAUUUUGCCUUAUAGCCCAGAAAGUUCAUGCCCUUUUGAAGUCUUCUUUUAACACUAUAGCAAUAGAAAAGGAAAAGCUUAAACAGAUGGUUUCUGACCAGGAACAAGCAAGUCUCACUUCGCAGAUACUGAGUCUUAGGCAAUCACUCUCCCAGGUCUUGAACCAGAACACUGAACUGAAGAGUCGCCUAAAUCGAAUACAUUCUGAGUCUGUCAUUUCGGAACAGGUUGUUAGUGUGAAUAUAAUCCCUAGUCCGGAUGAACCCAUCGAGCAGAUCCGUGUUGGCAUUCCACUUUCACAGAAUGUCUCUCAUGAAAGCAGGCUAUCCAUGUCGGAAUCGGUCUCAGAGUUCUUUGAUGCACAAGAGGUUCUUCUAUCAGCAAGUUCUUCAGAAAAUGAGGCCUCAGAUGAUGAAUCAUAUGUCAGCGAUGUGAGUGAUAACAUUUCAGAAGAUAAUGCGAGUGUAGCCGACAACAUUUCACGGCAAAUAAUGAAUGGGGACCCGACAGGAGGUGCAUUUAGGAAUGGUAGGCGGACAUGCUUGCCUGCCCCUGCUCCUGAUAUCAGCAAUAUCAACCUGUGGAACAUUCUGAAAAACAACAUCGGUAAGGAUCUAUCCAAGGUCUCCAUGCCAGUAGACCUGAAUGAACCGCUGAACACUCUACAGCACCUGUGUGAAGAACUGGAAUACAGUGAGCUGCUGGAAAAGGCUGCUGAAACUGAUGAUCCCUAUGAACGUAUGGUUCUUAUUGCUGCCUUUGCUGUUUCUGGGUAUGCCUCAACGUAUUACAGAGCUGGAAGUAAGCCAUUUAAUCCAGUGCUUGGAGAGACCUAUGAAUGCAUACGAGAGGAUAAGGGAUUCUGUUUUUUUGCCGAGCAGGUCAGUCACCACCCUCCUGUUUCUGCCUGUCACUGUGAAUCAGAGAAUUUUGUUUUCUGGCAAGACAUGAGGUGGAAGAACAAAUUCUGGGGAAAAUCCAUGGAAAUAUUACCAAUUGGAAGAGUAAAUUUAACACUUACCAAGUAUGGAGAUCACUAUGAAUGGAAUAAAGUUACAACCUGUAUCCAUAACAUCUUGAGUGGUAGAAGGUGGAUAGAACAUUAUGGAGAGAUAAUAAUUCGAAACACCAAAAGUACCACAUGUAUUUGUAAAUUAACAUUUGUUAAGGGAAAUUAUUGGAGCUCAAACAUUAAUGAAGUUCAAGGCUUUGUAAUGGAUCAAGAAGGGAAAGUGGUGCAUCGCCUCUUUGGGAAGUGGCAAGAAGGUCUAUACUGCGGAGUUCCACCUUCUGCUAAAUGUAUAUGGCGGCCAGGUUCCAUGCCACCAGACUCUGAAUUAUAUUAUGGUUUUACAAGAUUUGCUAUUGAAUUAAAUGAACUAGAUCCUGUGAUGAAAGACCUUCUUCCAUCAACUGAUGCCAGAUUUAGGCCAGAUCAGAGAUACUUAGAAGAAGGAAAUCUGGAAGCUGCAGCAGCUGAAAAAAGCAGGAUAGAAGAGCUCCAACGAGCAAGGAAGAGAUUCAUGGAAGAAAACAAUAUUCAGUAUGAACCAAGGUUUUUCAGAAAAACAUUUGACAUCAAUCAACGGGAAGUAUGGGUUUCAAAUGGAAGUUACUGGGAAUUAAGGAAGGACCCUGGUUUCAGUAAAUUGGAACGGCUCAGACUGUGGUAACAAACAAUGAGACUGCAAUAAAGAUAUUAGUCUGUGUGAACUUGGAUAACUAUGCACAGAUGCCUGACCACUGUUUUCUAUGGAGCAGUGUAGUAGCGGGUCUACAGAAAUCAUGCUUUACACAUCUAUGCUAACCGUCAUGCUGGAAUAUGAAAAUUACUUCAAAUCGGUCACUAUUUUUUUAAGUAUCAUUCUUUAUUUUAGCUACAAAAUAUAUAACAAAAAUUGCUUAUACUAAGAAUUGAGAGAGGUGUGGGAAGCAACAUUUCACAAAAUAUCUCAUUCAGUAUUUCUCAAGGAACUAUCUGAAGACAGUCUGAAGAAAAUGAAAAGUGGUUAAUGACAUUUCUGCUAAGCAAACCAAGCAAUUUGAAUUACCUGUUUGCACUCACAUUUAAAGGAAUGGAAUGAAAUUGGUCCUGCAACUGCAAAACCUGGGAGUACCAUUUCAGGUACAAAACAUACGGAAACUCAGUCCCCUAGCACAGUUGCAACAGGAUCCAAAGAGGCAUCUUGAGAAAAUGCACCUUUCUCCAAAAUUCUCUAAUGCAAAUUCCACUCAUCAUGCCUUAAACAGAUUAUCCACCAUUUACAUUGUCUGAUCUAGCUUCCUCAUUCUGUCAUCCAUGGCAGACAUUUUAUAUCAGCAUAAUUUAUCAAACAGAAGCUUUAUUGCUAUUAAAACUUGUGUAAAUGCUAUUUGAAUCAGCAUAAGGCACACUAUUUUUAGGCCAGUUUUAAUUUAUGUCUGAAUUUGCAUUCACGUUCUAGCAAAACCUGACAAUGUAUUAGUCUAAAUAAACCACAGUCAUGAACUGCAUUUCAAUUAUGUGCACAUUUAGCAUAAAUAUUCUGAAAGCUUUUACUUUAGUUGAAAUUAAUUUUAAUUAGGUUUAAAGUUUAGACCGUCUGUAACAUUAAACAUUAACUCAUUUUAUGUAAGAUACAGAUUUGUGUACUAUAAUAAUAUUUAUUGUAAAUACCAAAAUAAUUAUGAUUUGGAGAAGUGCUUCCCUCAUUUUAAUUAGUUGAGAGUAAGCCAAAACUCUAAUGUUAUAAUGCAAGUUAAUGAAAUUUUCCUCUAAUGAACAGGCGAUAUUGUGCCAUCUUACCAAAAGACAGUAAAUCUGGAUAGUCACUCAUAACUUUAAGCUUUUCAGAUUGUAGUUUUCAUUUCUGUUUAAUUCAGAAGUAAACAUCUUUGCAGCAAUAGUAGAGGUAUUUUAAUAGAGUAUAUAACAUAUUUAAUUUCAUGAUAAAUUGCAUUGAAAAUUAUAAUUUUGUCUUUUCAUACAAAUUUCAGCUGAAAUUUAACAUCAACAUUUGGUGUAGCUUAAUUGGCAUCUAUGCUUGCAUAUGAAUAUUAAUGACAGAGACAACUAGCUAGUAAACAGGGUCUAUACCGCAUCUUGUAGGUUCAAUGAACUACAGCUGUAUGAAACAAGACUUUUAAACCUAUGGAUACUGUACACGGGAGGCAAGUCUGCUCUCUCCCUUUUCUAGUAUGGGAGCAGUAACAUGAGUCUUGUGGGGGGUGGGUAAGUCUUUUAACCCUCAGUCUGUAGGUAUGAUGAGUUGAGGUUUGAUAGUUUUCUUUCACUGAGUUGCCAUGCAACCAACUGUCAACUUGACAAAAAAAAAUCUCAAGGAGAUCUUGGCUGGAGAAGAUGUCAUGCACUUGAUCCUACUGGAGGAGGGGGGCUAUUUGUUUAUCUGUUAAGCAGCCUUGAUAUUUUGCUUCAGUACUAUGUUAGACUCCAGGAGUGCAGGAAUGAAUAUGUUUUUCUUUAUUUUCCCAUGUGUGUAUAUGCUGACUUACAUGCCAGUCACAUUGGUAAAACCAUUUUAGCAGUUUAGGUGAGAGAAGAUCUAGUUAUUUAUACUUAAGUUGGUUUCUUUGCUGUGAAACAGGUUUAACAUAAGAGGUGACACCACCCCAUUAAGUGAUUGUUGAUGAGUACUUUUCCUCAACUCAGCCAUUAACAAGGAAAUCUGUUGCCAUAUCAGUGCUGUUUCUAUUUCAGGUACCAUUAGUAUCUGACUUCAACAAGCUAUAAUUUUGCCAUUUUGAACAAUCCAUUACUUAUGUGAUUUUAUGGCAGCUAUAUAAUUUUACAAAAAUACUUAAAAUCUGCUGUAUGCUUUGCUAAGAUCAGAUUUCCACAGAUUGGAACAUGUAUGUCUCUCCAUUAUAGUUAAAUGGCUACUAGGGUAUUCUAACAAAUUUUCAUUAACAUUUUGAAAAAUGGGUAGAAAUUUAUUUAAACAGAUGUCACUCCAAAAGGUAUUAUUUUAUUUAUUAUUUAUUUAUUUUAUUUUACAUUUGUUGACCGGGCUAG